AUGUCGAUAUCUCAUAGCCUACAAUGUGGUUCUAGUCCUUGUCGCACUACACCACAGUCAAUAUUCGAUAAUACCUUCAGUCGAGACGCCAUGGGCAAAGUUCCUACGAAGCAAGCCCACAAGGCGGCUACGAGAUCUCAGAGCGUCAUCAAGACCAGACUUGCGAGUCCCCUCCAUCUGGGAGGCCGUUUCCUCCGCCUAGAAAUUGGUCCAACUCGUCAGGGCUUUUCCGUUCAUGAGGACUUGCUCUGCUCUCGAUCUCCAUAUCUGAAACAAGCAUUCCAACAUGUUCGUAAGUCCCUCGAAGGGGAUUGCGCGAUUUGUUGCGAGGAGCUCAUCUCUGGUGUCACUUACGCGACUUGGUGCAAAACCUGCGGCAACAACAUACAUCAAGAAUGCCUGCAGCAGUGGGUGAAAUCGUCGAACAAGUGUCCAUUUUGCAGAACAAUCUGGAAGAAGUCGCCGUUCCUACAACACGCCACUCUACAUGAUCUAGAUGCGGAUGGGUUCGACGUCUACAUCCAAUGGCUGUAUACGAGUCGCAUCCCAAGCUAUAAGACGAAAGAAGAAGAUGGUGCUGCAGACUGCAUUCGCUUGAUCAAAGCACAUCUGGUUGGAGAAAAAUUGCAAGACAAAGGAUUUCAGAUAGCAGUCCGGAAGCAGAUUGUUCAAGAGAGCCUCGACAAAAGCCAGGGCAUCUCCUCGGCCAGCGUCACCUACGCUUAUUGCAAGACAAGAGGUUCCUGCCUAAUUCGCAAAUUUUUGAUCGACUUGUAUGCUGCGACUGGCGAUUAUCUCAUGAACUCAUUAUUGACGAUUACGGAGCGAGAAGAUGGCAAAGAUGCCGUAAACUUGACAGAUUCUGCGAGGAACAACCUGUGGAGCUUGUCUGACUUCGAUCGCAACAACGUGUGGUGGUUCAUGGCCGAUGCUGAUCACUUCAGAUAG